AUGCGCAAAAUGGAAAAUGCGUACAACCACAGGAUGGCAAUUGCUGGUUGCACAUCUACUCUUCCCCACCUCUUCUCAAAGGGAGCAGGCGGAGAUGCCGCUACAAUCUUCUCCACAUACAUAACUCCUCCCAAGCCGAUCAUGGCAGAAAAUACGGUGGAUUACACCAACCUCUCUGYGAAUACCGAAAGAACUGAGCUUGAUUUGCUCGAAACUCCACUCGCUACAACUUUCUACAGUCAUAGACUCUGCAAGACUACACUCACUGCGUUCGCGAACUCAGGCCAGGACACUCAACAGCGUCUGAUAGCGCUAUAUUGA